CGCAACAUGGCCUUAUUGUUAGCUUAUAUUAAUUCAAAAAAAAUAUUUGGUUAUUCAAUAAAUAAAAGAGAAUUGUGUAUAAAAAUGGUUAAAAUGGAAAAGAAAAAAACCAGCCGGCCAAAUAUAUUACAGAAAAAAAGUCAUUCGGUCGCAACAAUAAACUGGAAAAAAACUAAACAGACGAACGCAAACAAACGGCUGGUUGGCGAUUUUGAAGGGAAAAAAUGUUUAGCAAUAAUGACAAUUGUAUGUAAAACAAGGAGAAAGAGAGGGGGAAAAUUCUGUUUUUUAAAGAUUAAAAAGUGGUCAAUGAAUUAUUUAUUCUUUUUAUAA